CAAAAUAGUAUUUAUAUAUACACGUAUACCAGUACAGCACUGUUUCCAAUGUGUAGUAAGGUAUGAAAUAAAACUAUAUGUACAGUUGUUAAAAAAAUGAAUGAUACAGGUACACAGGGGAAAGAAUAUGGAUAUAGAAAGGUUAAAGAUAGAAAGAUAUAGAGAGGUUGUUCUUUACCAAUGAGUCAGGAAGCUGACCUCCUCUCUGUUGGCUUCCUCAUUGUCAUUGGAGAUCAGGCCCACAAUCUGCAAAUUUGAAGAUGACAUUGCAGCUGUGUCUGGCUGAAGAGUCAUGGGUGUACAGAGAAUACAAGAGAGGGCUGAGGACACAGCCCUGAGGAGCUCCAGUGUUAAGGGUCAGUGAGGAGGAGGUGAUGUUGCCCAUCCUUACCACCUGGCGUCGGCCCAUGAGCUGCAAAGUGAACAGGUCAAACCCAGAUCCUGAAGGAUCCUGUCGAGCCUUGAGGGCACAAUGGUGUUCAAUGCUGAGCUGUAGUCCACAAACAAGCAUUCUCACAUAUGUGUUCUUUUUGUCCAGAUGGGAGAGGGCAGUGUGCAGAGUCAGGGCUAUUGCAUCAUCCAUGUCAGACCUAUGGAGGUCCUGACCACUGAAGAACAGGGUAAAAGAGGGCUAACAAAGUAAACAGAUGGACUACAGUCUGUAGUUGUAGAACUACAAAGUGCACCUAUAGAGCUGAGCAUGAACACAGGAGAUGUCUCGGGGGCCGUGACUCUGGACUCAGUCAAUUCUGUCACUUUCACCCAGGACACUGAUGGCAACAUCAUCCUGCACUGCGCUCAGAACGAUGAUGGAGGCUUGGGGUCGGAUGAGGAAGCCGAAUCUAUUCCCAAACGACUGCGGUUGUCCAAAGAGGAGACUGAAGACUCCCCCGCUACUCCCUCUGGCUACUCUGUGCUCGCACUUCCAAUUUCAGAGAGUGAUGAGAGCUUUGAGGUGACAAUGACUGCUACAGAGAUGAAGGAUGAGCUGGAAGAGCAGCAAACCGAAGAAACACAGGACGAGAACUCAUCCUCCCCACGGAAAACCAGUGACGUGUCGGCAGUUAGUCAAGCCUGGUUUACCACAAAAGAGGACAAGGACACACUAGUGAACAAAGGUCACAAGUGGAAACAGGGUAUGUGGUCAAAGGAGGAGAUUGACAUAUUGAUGAAUAACAUAGACAGCUACCUCAAGAACCGGGGGAUCCAGGACCCCACAGAGAUCAUCUUUGAGAUGUCAAAAGAGGAGAGGAAGGAUUUCUAUCGCAGUAUUGCGUGGGGUUUGAAUCGCCCUCUCUUCGCGGUGUACCGACGCGUGCUGCGAAUGUACGACAAUCGCAAUCAUGUAGGCAAAUACACUCAAGAGGAGAUUGAAAAACUGAAAGACCUCAGACAGAAGCAUGGAAACGACUGGGCCACCAUUGGAGCAGCUCUUGGCCGCAGUGCCUCAUCAGUGAAGGACCGCUGUAGACUCAUGAAGGACACCUGCAAUACAGGUAAAUGGACAGAAGAAGAGGAGAGGAGGUUGGCGGAGGUGGUGCAUGAACUGACAGGCACUAAAGCGGGUGACGUGGUGACUCAGGGUGUUUCGUGGGCGUCUGUGGCCGAUAUGGUCGGCACGCGCUCAGAGAAGCAGUGCCGCUCUAAAUGGCUCAACUACCUGAAUUGGAAACAGAGUGGAGGCACAGAAUGGACCAAAGAGGAUGACAUCAACCUUAUCCAUAGGAUAUUUGAGCUUGAAGUGGAAGAUGAGAAUGACAUUAACUGGGAUCUCCUGGCUGAGGGGUGGAGCAGCGUUCGCUCACCUCAGUGGCUCCGCAGCAAAUGGUGGACCAUUAAAAGACAAGUGGCCAAUCACAAAGAACUUCCCUUUGCUGUCUUGUUGAAAGGACUGCAGGAUGUUGUGGAGGCUCCGUCGUCUACAGGGAAUAAGGUGGUGGUGGUGGGCUCUCGCUCUGCUAACUCCUCUCCCAGCCCAGUCACGGCACUGCAAAUCCCCGUCCAGAUCCCUGUGCAGAUCACACAUGUCUCUUCUUCAGACAGUGCGAGUGGUACCUCUGAAAGUGGGACAAUCACGCUGAACUCUGGAGCUCUGCAAGCCUUUGAACUGCUACCAUCCUUCCACUUGCAGCCCACGGGCACUCCCGGUACCUAUUUCCUGCAGACGGGGUCCAAUCAGAGCCUCCCCCUCACACUCACGGCUAAUCCCACUGUGACACUCACCGCUGCAUCGUCGCCAGGCUCGCCAGACCAAAUCAUCUUACACAGUCUCUCUGCGGACAGUCUGAGUGAGAACGUUACAGUGCAGAUGUCUCACCCUGGCAUCAUCAUCCAAACUGUGACCUCGGAGGACCUCGCCGACCCUCUCAACCAAUCAGAGUUGGCCGCGGAGCAGGACUUGGCCAACGAGGAGACUGCUGAGAGCACAGAACACUCAAAGCAGGAGGGGGAGUCUAGUGAGCCAAGCUCAAAAGCCAUAGCAGACAAGGCUCAGGGAUCUAAAGUGAAAGAGGGCAAUUCUGGAAUAGGCGAUGGUGCAGUGCUUAUCCCAUCUCCUAGCAGCUUCAUCCCAAGCAGCGACAUCACCACAGACUCCGUCCUUCCUGUUGGAACGCUGACAGAUCCCAUUCUGCAGAACCAGGAAGAAGGCUCGGACUAAGAGCUUCUCUUGGCGUGAAGAGCUGUGUGGUGAGCGUUAUGAAAUAGAGCCAUAGAUCGGUUACAAUGCCAGUCCAGUGCAGGAGAACACAGCAUAUUGUUUCUGGAUGAGCAAUCUGCCAUUCUUAAAACAUCCUGCCAGUGUAGAAAUGUUGUAGUUGGCAAGCAUUAAGUGCUAAAGGCUUUUUAGCUUUCCACUGGCCAUGUGCCCAGGUAGGAGACGAAUAUGGUAAGCUGUUGAAUUGAAAUAGAUAAACCUCGAUUUCAUACAGCCUUAUGCAUUACUGCAUUAGCCACACCUGAUUCCGUUACCCAUGAAAGGGUGUUGGGUGUCACAAACUGACUGUUUUUAAACAUUAUGAGCCAAUUCUCCCGUCACGAGUAAGACUGUGGGGCAAACGUACAAACAGGUUACUUGUAUGCAUACUUCUAUUAAUCUGUUCAGCAGUAUAGUAUCUGUACAUUUGUCAUAAUUCAGUCGAAUUGGACAUGAAGGUACAACCGUAGAACACUUUUUUUAUUCAUUUAAACAUAAAUUCUUACACUGUUUUGGAAUAUAACUAUUUUAAUGUAUUUCCGAUUACGGUUCUCCCACUUAUUAUUCCUGUUUUAUGAACUUUGUCAAGAUGCACUGGUUCCAUGUUCGGGUGUAGUACCAGGAUGUUAGCCAAACUCUAAACGUGUGCAAGUCUGGACAGCUGUUAAUUUAUAAAAGGGUAACGUUUUCUUUUGUAUGUGAGUUUCUGCGUUUGUGUUUAUUUAUUGAAUAAACAAACUGUUAUUCACCAUG